AUGCGUGCUCUUCUCACCAUGGACGCGGUCACUUUGGCUCCGGACACUGCAGCAGUCUGGGAUAACACAAGUCUCCUGAUGCCGUUCUCCCCGGGUGUCACGAAUGGCUCCGCUCCGGGGCUGAACGGGUCCUCCGGGGCGGCCGCGGGGACCAGAGACGCGCGGAGGUUGGUCCUGGCGGUGUGCAUCACGGCCCUAUACUCUGCUAUCUGCGUGUUGGGGCUGCUGGGGAACGUGCUGGUCAUGUUCGGGGUGGUCAGAUACACCAAAAUGAAGACGGCCACCAACAUCUACAUUUUUAACCUGGCUCUGGCCGACGCCCUGGCCACCAGCACGCUUCCCUUCCAGAGUGCCAAGAUGCUGAUGGGGACCUGGCCCUUUGGCGAGCUGCUGUGCAAGGCCGUCAUGGCCAUCGACUACUACAACAUGUUCACAAGCAUCCUCAGCCUCACCAUGAUGAGCGUGGACCGUUACGUAGCCGUGUGCCAUCCAGUGCGCGCACUCGACUUCCGCACGCCAGCCAAGGCCAAGAUCAUCAAUGUGUGCAUCUGGAUUGUGUCGUCUGCCGUGGGGGUGCCCGUCACUGUGAUGGCGGUAACCAAGGACUACAAAGGAGUGGUCAUCUGUACGCUGGAGUUCCCUGAGCCGGACUGGUACUGGAACACAGUGACAAAAAUCUCUGUCUUCAUAUUUGCCUUUGUGGUUCCUGUGCUGGUGAUCACGGUGUGCUACGGCCUCAUGAUCCUGCGGCUGAAGAGCGUACGGCUGCUGUCCGGCUCCAAGGAGAAAGACCGGAACCUGCGGCGCAUCACCCGCAUGGUGCUGGUGGUGGUGGCGGCCUUCGUCAUCUGCUGGACUCCCAUCCACAUCUUCAUCAUUGUCAGGAUCAUCAUUCCCAUCGACCAGAGCAGCCUGGUGGUGGUGGCAAGCUGGCACCUCUGUAUCGCUCUGGGCUACACCAACAGCAGCCUUAACCCGGUUCUCUACGCCUUUCUGGACGAGAACUUCAAGAGGUGUUUCAGGGACUUCUGCUUCCCCCACCGUGCGCACAGGGAGCAGAGCAGCUUCAGCCGAGUGCGCAACAGCACACGUGAGCCGGCUUUCAUCUGUUCAUCUAGUUGCAGGGACAGAGCUCCAGCCUGA